AGGCUUCUCCGCCACAUCGGAGUUGCAGUCACCACCGCCUUUAUUUUAAAAUUUUGAAAUAUUAUUUUAUUAUUUAAUAUAAGUAGUACUACUUUUGUUCCACACAAGAAAUAAUUAAAAAAAAAGGAAAGAGAGGAAAAGCCAGGCCACGUUCUUCUCCGCCCCUUUCUUUUCAAAGAACCCAAAACAGAACUCAUUUCAAAAAACCAGAAGGAAAGAAAAAAAAAAAAGAAGAAUUUGGGUUUUUUUUUUGUUGGAGAGAUUGAUUAUUUGACCAAAUUAUGGGAUCUGUUUCAAUAGAGCCUGCUGUUUUGGAUGAUAUAAUAUGUCGUUUAUUGGAGUUUAAGCAAGGGAGGCCAGGGAAGCAAGUGCAGCUAAUGGAAGGUGAGAUCCGUCAGCUUUGCAAUGUGUCAAGAGAAAUAUUUCUUCAACAGCCUAAUCUUCUUGAGCUUGAAGCUCCCAUCAAGAUCUGUGGUGACAUUCAUGGGCAGUACUCUGAUCUUCUGCGGCUUUUUGAAUAUGGUGGUUUCCCUCCUACUGCUAAUUACUUAUUCCUAGGGGACUAUGUUGAUCGUGGCAAGCAGAGUCUAGAAACAAUAUGCCUUUUGCUGGCCUAUAAGAUUAAAUAUCCUGAGAACUUCUUUCUUUUGAGAGGGAAUCAUGAAUGUGCUUCUAUUAAUCGGAUUUAUGGAUUUUAUGAUGAAUGCAAACGAAGGUUCAAUGUGAGACUUUGGAAAACCUUUACUGAUUGUUUCAACUGUCUACCAGUGGCUGCUUUGAUAGAUGACAAAAUAUUGUGCAUGCAUGGUGGCCUUUCUCCUGAUCUAACAAAUUUGAAUCAAAUUAGGAGUUUACAGCGUCCAACUGAUGUUCCAGAUUCUGGUUUGCUUUGUGAUUUACUUUGGUCAGAUCCUGGUAGGGAUAUCAAAGGCUGGGGUGUGAAUGAUCGAGGAGUCUCAUUCACCUUUGGGCCAGAUAGAGUCUCUGACUUUUUAAUGAAAAAUGAUAUGGACCUUGUUUGCCGUGCCCAUCAGGUUGUUGAAGAUGGAUACGAGUUUUUUGCUGACAGACAGCUUGUUACGAUAUUUUCCGCUCCAAACUAUUGUGGUGAAUUUGAUAAUGCUGGUGCAAUGAUGAGCGUGGAUGAAAGCCUAAUGUGCUCUUUCCAAAUUCUUAAGCCUGCAGAUAAAAGCUCCAGGUUCAUUUGAUGCACAUGAUGACUGCUGUCUCAGUUCCUUCAUAUAAUUGCUGAUUCCGGUUGUGAUUUGAGGAGAACCUUCAAAGAUCAGAACGCUGGUGUUGGAGCAACUUCAAGAUCUGCGAUCUUUGAUCUGCAAUAUGACCAAUUCCUCCCCAUGUUAAGGGUACAGGUUAUCUGUUUAAGGUAUUGUAUUCUAAGAGACAAGCUUUUGAGUAUCUUAGUUUGGAGUAACCGUCUUUUAGGGCAACAACAAAGGCCACAAAUAUCAUUCUUUUCAAUUAAAGAUUCACAGAAAUCCCCGAUGACUGUGUCCAUACAUUAUGGUCUAUAAGUGACCGUGUGUGUAAAAUAUGGAUUCCACAGGAAGAUUUUCUUAAUCACAAGAGAAUUUUCUUUCACCAGUUA